CCAGACGUGUUCCACUGGCCGUGCCUGGCGCGCUGGGCGCGGGCGCUGUCCCUGGGUGGGUUUUUGGGGUGUUUUUGGGGUUCCCUGACCCCCCUGUCCCCCCCAGACGUGUUCCACUGGCCGUGCCUGGCGCGCUGGGCGCGGGCGCUGUCCCUGUGGGUGUUUUUGGGGUUCCCUGACCCCCCUUUCCCCCCAGACGUGUUCCACUGGCCGUGCCUGGCGCGCUGGGCGCGGGCGCUGUCCCCCCGCACGGCGCCCGCCGGGCACCGCUGUCCCCAGUGCGGGGGGCCGCUCUUCCCGCCCCCCAACCUGCAGGGCCCCGUGGCCGAGGCGCUGCGGGCGCGGCUGCGCUCGGCGCCCUGGGCCCGCCCGGGGCUGGGGCUGCCGCUGCCCCCCCCGAGCCCGCCCGCCCCCCACGCCGUGGGCCACAUGGGGGGCGGGGAGACCCCGACGCUGCACGCCGGCUCCGCCCCCCGCAAGCCCCUGGGGGGUCGCGAGGUGUGGAGCCCCCCGGCCCGUGACAGAGGGGACAGAGGGGACACGGAGGACAAAUACCGGCGGCGGCCGCUGGCAUGGCUGCCCCCCCGGCUCAGGUGCCGCGUGCGCGGGGUCCCGCGGCGCCCCCUGCUGGCGCUGUGCCUGGGCGGGGCCGCGGCCUUCGCGCUGCUCCUGCUGCUAUUGGCCAGCCUGGCCAGGGGCGUGGCCGACGCCGACCCCGCCCUCGAGCCGCUCAACAACCCCCACGUGCGGGUGGGGAACUGACCACGCCCCCCCGGGGGCGGGGCCACGGGGGGCGGGGCUAAUAAAGGGCGCCCCCUU